AUGCUUGAAUCACCCAAAUAUAAUGAAAAAACAAAGGAACAUGUUUGUGAAAAAAAAGCAAUACAUCCCAAAAAUAGAACUGUCUUUGAUUUCAUGAUUCAUCCUUCCAAUGAUGAAUCAGAAGUCGUAGAAAGCCCUUUAUUAGACAUUGCAGAGCCAGAAGUCAAAAGGUGUAAUGGUACAAAUAGUGAAACCACUCAGGCAGAAUUUGAUUUUGUGGAAUCAUUAUUCAAAAAAAAUUGUAUCGAAGGAAUUUCAGAUCCUAAUGAUUACUUCGUAUGGGGGGAUCUAAUUGAUAUGUAUGUAUCUGAACAGAAAUUUUCACGCAAUGAAAUUUAUAAUGCAAUUCAGGCAACAAUUGCCUAUCUUGCCAAAUAUGAAGUUAACUUAGUUGAGCUAGAUGGGGAGGUGGUGAAGUUAAUUAAUUUAAUAGAUCAGGCAGUUACUAAAAGUCUAAUCCUUUAUCGCAAUAUUAAUUUUCUAUCAUAUUCACUAAAUACUCUAGCUCUUAAUACGAAGUUCUUUAACCUUUUCCUAGGAUUUUUGGCUAAGCCAGCAAUGGGAAUUAACAAAGAAAUUAUUGAUCCAAUUCUUUGGCAUGUAUUGAAUAUAAUUUGUAAUAAAAAUGAAGAGCUUAAUGAGUAUAUCUGGAACUGGUGGGCAUAUUUGGUGCAAAGGCCUGAAAAUAAGCCCCAAACAAUCUUAGUACUAAAAUCUACAUUGCAACAAUGUAGAAAAAAUAUUAUUACUAACUUUAUUGGUGAUAAAGUCUUGGGGUCAUACCUCUAUUUCGCAACAUCAGAUUUAGAAAAAAUUCUUGGGUGUUUUAAUAGUGCUAUUCAAGCUUGA